UUCAGGUCAAAAGAGCAUCCUUUCUCAGCACACACUCUCUCUCUCACACAGCGAUCCGCCAUGGCGGAGAAGAGCAAGAAUUACCACAGGUACGGCGUGCCUCUGUUCGGAGCCGCUUGGGUUCCCCUCCAUGGCAUUCGGUCUCGUCUCAAAGGCGGCGAGCGCCCUGACGAUGCGGUCGCCGCCGACGAUCGCGGUUACCUCGUCCUCGCCGGCGGCGGCGGCAGCGAGGGCCGCUGCGGCAUCCCCAACGGUGUCCUCAUCGCCGAGUUCGACUUCGGCUCCGGUUCUCUCUCCCAGCGGCCCGUUGCUGAGCUCUGCACCAGUUCCGACUUGCCUUAUAGAAUCGCUGUUCACCUACAAGGAGAUGGUGUCGUCUGCGCAUCACCAAAAGGUUGUAGAUUGCUCGAGUGGGUGGAUCCUGAAAAUGCUGAAGAUCAUACAGUCCCUUAG